AUGUCUAGUCGACUGCUAAAGAAGUUUCUAAAGGAGAAGACCCGCGAUGAGAUAAAAGCACUUGGAGAGGCGGUGGAGGAGGAGGCGGUCACGGUUAGGCCAAAGAAGAAGAGCGUCUUUGCGUAUUUGGACGACUCGGAGGCGAGUGAGGCUAGUCAGAGUGAUGGAAAGGCUGAAAAGGAGAGCGCUGGAAAGGGGAAAGGAAAAGGAGCGUGCCGCCGUAAGAAAGGGAAGCAAUCGCAGAAUGGUGUAAAAGGGGAGGAGCUGCAAAAUGGCGUAAAAAGGGAGGAGUCCCAGAAUGGCGUAAAAUCGAAGCAAUCUCAGAAUGGCGUAAAAUCCGGGCAGUCGCAGAAUGAUGGCACCAAACAGGCCAAUGAACAGGUUGGCAGCGAAGCCCCCCCCACGCCAAACGCGAAGAGGAAGAAGAAGAAGAAAAAAAGAAAAAACCAGGACGAAGAAAUCGACGACAUACUGCACACAAUCAAUACAGAGGUGAAGCAAAAAAACGGGGGACAUCCAAAUGGGAAUGAUUCCAAUGAAGAGCCACAGGAGGGAGGGGGCAUGCCAUCCGAAAUGAUCCUCCCAGAUUUGUCAGCAUGCACACACGAAAAAUAUGACUACUGUUUGAAGCUAGAAAAAGGAAACUUCGACGUCAAUGUAGAAUUGAAACGAAUCUUUGGAAAAGAUUUCGUAAAGGAAAAAAAAUUCAUCCAAAAAAGUAAAAUCAAGUAUAUAAAAAAUUGGCUCAUACAAGAUUACACCACAAAGAUUGUCCAUCCGCCGAUUUCAAUGGAAAGGUAUGUCAACGAAUUCAAACUGGAGAAGUAUAAGCUCUACCUCGAGGCAGAGAACCUCUUUUAUGUCCUCCUAGACACGCAUGACAUAGAAGCAAUGCAUAAUCUGAUAAAAAAGUUCCCUUUCCAUGUGGACACCUUAUUAGUCCUCUCAGAAUAUUAUAACGAGUCAAACAAUUUUGAGGUGGCAAAUAAAUUCACUAAGCUGGCUCUUCUCGUUUUGCAACACGUGUUUCACAUCGAUUUCCAUCCGAACAACUUAAACAAAGAGAGACACAUUUACGUGAACCCUUACCUGUAUGAUAACAAAGCGCUAUUUAAAGCACUCUACAUGCAUAUGAUGUCUCUAGAGAAUGAAGCCUGUACGAUUACCUCCCUUGAAGUUGCCAAACUGUUGUGCAAGAUUGACCUUCAGUUUGACCUAUGUAGUAUCCUCCUUCGAAUCGACAGCUUGAUUUUAAAAUGCAAUUUAUUUGACUUCUUCAUUUAUUUCUCUUUCAAUUUUGUCAUACAAAAUGUGCAGUGUGUCGUUCCCCCUGCAAAGCUGAGCGAGAUCAUCAGCACUUUGUUCCCCUCGGCUCAGAGUGACUUCUUCCACAAGGGGAUGAUGUUCCCAGAAAUGUACCAUCCCCCGUGGGAGGGAGACAUCCGUAACAUACAACCGGCACAAUAUUAUUGUGACGAAGCGGGGAAUGUACACGAGGGGGUAGCACCUGCAGCAAUUGGGGAGGGCCAAUCAUCAGGUCAUACCAACCAACUGGCAAGUGGCUACAUUGAGGGAGCGGCACCCCGAACUCCGGAGCGAAGAACAGACGAAGUGGAGCAAAUGCACGACGCGAAAAGGGAACCCCCAAAUGAGGCAGAUUGGAAUGAUGGAUCACUUUAUGGGAUGGACAACGAAGACAGGUCAGAGUUGUCCAUCAAUCGUGAGCGAUACUCCGUCGAUGAGUCGGAUGAGUUGGAUGAGCAGGAUGAGCGGGAUGAGCAGUAUAAGAAAUUUAUGCAAGAUGAGAAGGAUGAGAACAACCCCCUGGAAGGGGCCUGUGGAAUCGGCAAAAGAUGCCAAGGAUGUAAAGGCUGCAAGAACCGCAAAGGCUGCAAAGACCGAAAAGGCUGCAAAGACCGAAAAGGCUGCAAAGACCGAAAAGGCUGCAGAAAUCACAAAGGCUGCAAAGACCGCGAAGAGUGCAAAAACUGCGAAGGCGACGAAGGCGUAGCAGACGGAAACACCCUUCAGAACAAACUCCUCUUCGACAACUUCGAAAUAAGAUUGCACUUCAUCCUCCCCAACUUCGCCUUCUCCGUGCCGCUAAGCAUGUACCUGAAGAACAACAAUUCUGUCGACCAUAAGGAGAUUCGGCUGAUCAGCGUAGACGAUCUGGUCAGUGCGUUCACAUAUGAGGAGUGUCGAUUUCUGAGCCCCCAUUUCUCCAUUCGUUUUAACUGCCACAGGGAUGGCGAAAGGGGUGGACACGACGGACAUGCCCAAAGUGACCAUGCUGAGGGUCACCUCGGCAGUGGUGACAAUCACUUCGAUCGUGCUGUGGAUCACUUCGAUCGUGAUGAGGGUCACCUCGGUAGUGGUGAGCGUGAUCAGAGCACCCCCCCCAAAGUCACCGCCGAUCAACAGAAGAAGAAGAAGGAACAACCCUCCCUCUCCUUCUCGGCACAUAUAACCCUCCUAAGAGCACUCCUAUGCUUCCCCAACUUCCUGCAAACGUUUCUUAAUUACAACAAUUUCAAAACGACUAAGGUGGUGAAGAAGACCAUUUAUGAGACGUCCUUCCAGGAUAUCCUGGCGAGCCCUCCAUUUUCCUCUCCUAGUCUAUUUCGCCUAGGAGAAUAUGAAACCGUACAGAAGAUAAUUUGCUGUUACCUUGAGAAGAACAACAUAUAUUACAAAUCGGAAAAGAUCAUCACGUGGUUCCACGUGUGCAGUGCGUUUCUGCACGAUCUGUAUAAGGACCCCUCAGCGGCCCAAGCCCUGGAUAACGCGAGAGCACAGUGGCACGGAAAAGUCACCCUCCUGGACAGAAACAAGUACAAAGACGUCCGGGUCGGCGAAUUCAAGUCAAACCAUUACCUACUACCAGAUUUCAUGAUGGAGAAAAACAGAACCUACUCUCCCCACAUCCCCGGAACCCCCUCCGAUUAUUACGUCUCGCUAAAUAGCAAUUUGAUCAUAGCCUUCUUCCAGAGUCUCCUCCCCUGGUAUCAAGUGGAUUACUAUGGUGAUCAAAACGAUUGA